AUGAACGGCCCUCUUCGUCAGAGUAUGCAUCCUGCCCCAGGUCUGGUUCCAUCUACCGCCAACAUGCUCGCCAUCGGCAACCCACCUUUCUUGCAGAACCCCGCACACAUGGUCCAGCCGUCACUCAGUCAGGGCAUGGGGGUCCCUCCGAACAUGAACCCCUCCAGUGCGCCUAUGGGUAUUCUCUCCAAUGGCCAAGUGCCUCCAAAUGUGACCCCGCGCUAUGGCAUGCAGUCAAACCCGAUGAUGCAGCAGCACUCCGCCCAACAACAGCGUCCGCCCGUCCUUCGCCAACCCCAGAACCCUCCUCAUCUCGCCCCCGGAGCCAAUCCAUCGCUCCAGAUGCAGAUGCAAAGCGCCCAGUUUCCGGGGAUUAUGCAGCAGCAGCCGACUCCCAACAAUGCUGUUCGUCGUGUGCCAUCUCAACCGCAGCCAAUGCCCUUGGGAGCAAUGCAGAACCCAGCGGCCGCUAAUAUGGGCAUGAACGUGAACAUGUCGGGUCUGGGCAUGCAGUCCAAUAUGCCAGCUGCGAUGCGCCAGCCUCAGCAUCCAAAUCAGCAAAGUAUGCGCAUGCAGCAGCAGCCGCCAUCCAUGCAGAUUACCGACAUGAGAAACCCGCCCCCAAAUCAAGGUAUGCAGGGAAUGCCCCGUGCCCCAUCCACACCGCAAGUUAUGAACAGUUUACCACAACCACCUUCUAUCGGCUCAAUGCAACACAAUGGUAUGCAGCCUCCUCUCCAACAAAAUUCCUUUUCGAAUGGAGGCCCCAUGCCUUCGCAACAACUCUCCCAACCACUCUCUUCCUCUCCCCGGCCGCCUCAGAAUCAUACCCCCAGCUUGUCCAUGGGCACUCCAGGUCCAUCGCAGACCCCUCUCAGUCGCCCACGAAUGACGCCGGAAAAUUCGUUCAUCGGCUAUCCACAAUUCCCUACCAACCCCUCCCGUAUCAACCCCAAUCCACUAAACUACCCCAACUUUGCCCCUCCUUCGACGCCUCCGGUUCCAAUAGAUAUACCGCAGACCUCGCCGGGCAUGAUACACUCACAGGGUACUCCGACACGGUCAUUUCCCACCUCACAACAAUUCGAGAUACCGAUGGAUAUCUAUCCGCCUAAUUUCGGCUCUAUGCCGCCGCCUUCCUCUGUUCCUCAUCCGCGACCUCCAUCGCUCACUAAUCCGCACCCAUCUCCGCAACAGCAACCUCCGAAUCAACAGCAGCAGCAGGCGUCCUCGUCUCAACAGCAGCAAAUGCAACCGCGUCAUCAAUCGCCAACUCAUAUUGAUCCUUUGAACCCUCCGCAUCCGCAGAGGCCGCAGUCUCAGCCUCAGCAAGGGCCCGGGCGGCCACCAUCGCAAACUGCGACGCACACGCCGCGUUCUUCCCAGAUGUCACUACCGCAAGGCCAGGGUUUGAGCAAUAUGCAAGGGCCGUUAACAGCCAUGGGACGGAUCCCCACAUCCCAGCAGACGCACGUUCUUCCUGUAGCAACUCUUCCUACCAUGCCAUCGAGGCCGCCGAUUAUCUCAGGCGGUGUACCUCCGCUACCACCAUCCGUAGGCCCUUCCGUGCCAAUGCCAAACGACGUAACGCCAUCUAGCCAAGCCGCUUUACAGCGAACAGCGGCCCUCAAUUCAAACAAUACACACAGUGGCAUCUUGAGAUUACUUCAGUUUAGUAAUGUCCUGUCUGGAGAUGCGCCAAAACUGCACUUUUGGAACGAAGUUGUGAAGGAAUAUUUCACACCCAAAGCAGUGAUGAAGCUCACUUUGUGGAGAGAUAACCUGCGGACUGAGGCCAAACCUUUUGAAAUUGGUGUGCCGAUCUUGCCCCGAUUUUUUCUGGUGACAACGCAAUCUGGUGUCAAGUCGAUGACAUUGACGUUAGACGGAGCACGCGAACGACCUGUCCCGCCUUUCCAAGGUCGUUCAUUCGUUGAAUGCAUGACUGCUGUAUGGACGUACAGAUACACCAAUGGAUACAUUGUGAUGUUGAAGGGCCCACUAACUGUUAAUGCUAUUCUGACCCAGGUCACUCCGCCAAACAGCACAUCCCAGGCCCCACAAUACAUCUGGAAAUUUGACGACUUUACCUUUGACGCGAACGCGCACGAAAAGUUUAUUUCGCUGGAGUACAUUCUCGGCAAUCGCGUGAUCGAAUGGACGCCCCCGAGCUACGCGGCGUCGAUGCCCGGGAUGAGCUCGCAAGCGCAGAUGCAACAACACCACAUCGAAGAGGACAAGCGGUGCGAAGAGCCCAGAGUGUUGAUCGACCACGGUUCGAUACCUGGUGAGCCAGUGAACGCGUUUGGUAUUCCCCAGGCGACGAUGCGAUGCCUCGAGCUCGCGGAAAGCGUCAGUUCCAUGGCGGACCUCAUUGCGUUUGUAAACGACACGCAGCUGGGGCCAUUAGAUGCGUUGAAAGCAUAUGCAAAUAGAAUCCGAGAAACAAUGGCGGCGACCGGUGGUGGGCCGAUGCAGCAGUCGCAGUCGCAGUCUAUGAACCCACCCCUUCCUCAGACUAUGAUCACAAAUCAGAAUACCAACCAGAACAACAACACCAAUAAUGGCAAUAACAAUAACACUGGUAACAGCAACAAUAAUACAUCUCUAGGUCCCCCAUAUUCGAGUUAUCCGUCAACUACUACUAUUGGGCAAUCGCCCUCUGUAACAUUAUAUUCCAGUGCUCCUUCAUCUGUUACCAACCCUCAGCCCCCGAACCCCCCAUCUUCUAUGAACUCGCCACAAAAUACCUCAUCUUCGUCUUCUGUAAACUCGCCUGAAAAACAGCUGAAGACGAUUCUUCAGCAGCAGCAGAUCGGCACUCCAGGUCAGUCGGGGUCUGCCUCAUCGCCAGCCGUAUCCACUGGUGGUACGACGAACAACACGCCUGCAAUGUCCAACACAUCUCUCAAACGGAAGCAGGGCGACGCGUCUUCACCGACUGUUGGAAAUUCUGAGCAACAGCCUGCGAAACGCGGCGCUCGGAAAAAAGGACGGACGGUACUCGACGCCCCGAAGAAACGGCGACGUGGAAAAUUGACAGGUUGA